CCCUUCCCCCUUUCUCUCCGCAGUCCCUCUUCUCCCUCAACCCUCCGCCGCGCACAGCCCGUCGCCAACGGCCCCAGCAGGCCACUGCGACCUCACCUCGACGGCCACCCCCUCCUUCUCACCCCCAUCACCAACCCACUUACUCUCUGGUUCCCACUUCCGCCAAAGCGUACGACGCCAAGCCCCUGAUCACUCGCAUCUCGGCUGUCCAUGAUGCCGAGCCCUCGACCAAGCAGUCUACGCUGCCCAUCGCGGCAUCGAAUUUGAAAUGGACGGUGGAGACCUGGAAGUCCAAGACUGCGCUGCAGCUCCCGGAGUACCCGGACCAGAAGGAGCUGGACUCGGUGCUCCAGACCAUCGAGGCCUUCCCUCCCAUCGUUUUCGCUGGCGAGGCGAGGCACCUGGAGGAGUUCUUAUGUUUGGUGGUCAAAUGCCUAUCAUUAGGGUUGGGAGAAUGGCGGGUCAGUUUGCGAAACCCAGAUCGGCUCCAUUUGAGGAGAGGGAUGGUGUGAAACUGCCGAGUUACAAAGGAGACAACAUAAAUGGAGAUGCUUUUAACGAGAAAUCAAGGAUUCCGGACCCCCAGAGAUUGAUAAGGGCUUAUUGCCAAUCCGCGGCGACUCUGAACCUUCUUAGGGCCUUCGCCACUGGAGGAUAUGCUGCAAUGCAGAGGAUUAGCGAAUGGAAUCUUGAUUUUGCUGAGCACAGUGAGCAGGGAGAUAGGUAUGCUUUCUUAAACCUAUCUUGGUUUCAUUUCUCCACACUAAACGUGAGCUUGUCAAGUUUUAGCUUUUGGUACUUGACAAUAUUCAACGAGCCUGGAUCAUUGCGUGAAAAUUUGAAGCAUAGCCUAGAACGUGUGUACCCAAAAAACAGGAGAAAAGAUAUCAUUGUGCUUGUUCAUAGUCUGGUGUUUUGUGAGUACCAUGCCUAUUAG